AUGCCAAACAAAAUCACCCUCUUCGUCGACAUUGUCAGCCCGUUUGGCUAUCAAGCCUACUGGCUGACCCGCAACUCUCCUGCCUUUACCAAAUCCAACAUCGCAAUAACCUAUGUUCCCAUACUUCUCGGUGGCCUCAUGAACGCAACCGGCAAUCGUCCGCCAUUAGAGAUCAAGAACAAGGACAAAUGGAUCGAUAGCCAGCGGAAACGUUGGGCCAAGACGUUUAAAAUCCCCAUGACUGAAAACACACCCACUCCAUUCCCCCAACCCACAGUCGCUACCCAACGAACUCUAUGUCACAUUCAAGAAGCACACCCGGAGAAACUCGCAGCUUCCCUGGAUGCUUUGUUCAAGGCUUUCUGGGUGGAUGGCAAGGGUCCCAUUGCAAAGCCCGAUGUCAUUGCCGAGGCAUUGGAGCCUGUAUUCGGAAAGGAGGGAUUGCAGGAGAUUAUGAAGGGUGCGACGAGUGACGCUGCCAAGGCGAAAUUGAAGGGUAAUACGGAGGAGGCGUUCAAGGCGGGUGGAUUUGGAUUGCCGUGGUUUGUGGCGGAGAAUGAAAAGGGUGAGAAGGAUACUUUUUGGGGAGUUGAUAAUAUUGGGCAUUUGUUGGAGUUUUUGGGAGUGGAUGUUAAGAGUGAGAAUGGGAGGUAUAAGGCUAUGCUUUGA